AAUGAGAUGCCAAAGGGCACCGCUAUAACCAAAACUUAAUUGCCCCAUAGUUUAUAAAACACACACAACACAACCGACAAUCUGAGACAUGGCAACUUUGGUGAAUGAUUCAAUCCUGAAGAACGAUGCGGCUGGCCCCGUCCCGGUGAGCGGUGGAUUAGGCACUGACAGCUAUUACAACCACUCGUUUUUUCAGAAAAUAGCCGCAAAUGUUGCAAAAGACAUGAUUGAUGAAGCGAUUUCCAAGAAGCUAGAUGUAAAAUCCCUAUUGUCCUCUUCAAAAACAAUUCGACUUGCCGAUUUAGGAUGUGCAGUUGGUCCAAAUACCUUUGAUGCUAUGCAAAAUAUCAUAGAUUUAAUUAAGCUGAAGUGCCAAACCCACCUCCCUACUUCUCCAAUGCCUGAAUUUCAAGUGUUUUUCAAUGAUCAACCAGCAAAUGAUUUCAAUACCCUCUUCAAGUCUAUCCCGCCCAAAAGAGAAUACUUCGCAGCUGGUGUGCCAGGUUCUUUUUACGAACGAUUAUUUCCUGAUUCCUCUCUCCAUGUCGUGUAUUCCUCUUAUGCACUCCACUGGCUCUCUAAGGUGCCAGAAGGCUUAGAAGACAAGAACUCUCCUGCAUGGAACAAAGGGAGGAUUCACCAUGCUAGCGCCGCCGAAGAAGUACGAAGAGCAUAUGCAGUACAAUGGGCUAAUGACCUGAGUAACUUCUUGAAUGCUAGAGCUCGAGAGAUUGUGCCAGGAGGGAUCAUUGUGAUUGUCACGCAUAGCAUCCCUGAUGGGAUGGAAUAUUCUGAGCUUGCAAAUGGCAUGAUGUACAAUUGCAUGGCAUCUAUCCUCCUUGAUAUUGCAAAAAGAGGGUUAAUAAGUGAAGAACAAGUCGAUGCCUUCAACUUGCCAACAUAUGCUGCCCCUCCUGGAGAGUUUGUGUCCGUGGUAGAAAAUAAUGAAUACUUCAAUAUUGUGACAAUGGGAGAAUCAAAUCCAUCGCCAUGGCUAACAGAUGAUGUACACGUUGAUAUGAAUGAAUUUGUAAACCAUAUAAGGGCUGCAAUGGAAGGAAUGUUCAACAAACACUUUGCAAGGGAGAUUGUUAACGAAAUGUUCGAGCGGUUAGAGGUAAAACUUUCAGAGAUUUCUGUGGAGAUGGAAUCAGCCUACAAGGACAAAAUUCAAGCAUUCUAUGUGUUACAACGCAAUGAUUCAGGUUGAAUCGGAUUUUUCAUAAUAAUGCAUAUGAUUUGAUUCUGUUAAAUAAUUAGUGCAGUAUAUUCUAAUGUUUUAUGAGUGCGCUCAAAUGCAUCUGUACUUAAACAUAAGUGAAAUUAGACCAAAUGGCCAAUGUGGAUGGCCAAGUUUCAUUCGUAUGCUCACGUAAGAAAUUAAUGUAAAUCUGUUGUUCAGAAGUUGGUAAAUGUUGAUGUAUGAAUCUAAUGGUGUUCAAUAUU